AUGAUUCGUAGAAUACCUCUCGGUCAGAUGUUUGUGGCAAUGCUGGUCGGAGUUGCUGGUGGACUAUAUAUUUAUCGGCCACUUAUUGAAAAGCAUGUGUAUGAACAGAGACAGCUAAAAACGGACGUUAAAGUUACUGCUGUUGAAGAAAAUAAAUAA